UGGAUGAUAUCUAGCUGGAACUAAGGGAUGCGAGCUAUCAGUAAACACAAGGCCGUGAGCACGAACAUGAUCCUAGCUUUUUUUUUCCACGCGGAUACAAAAGUACCAGGACUUGUAUAUAUCAAUCCUGUCUGAUGCUGGAGACGAACCACUAGAUAGAUGCUUUUUUUAUUCUUCUUUUCAGACCAAAAUCAUCAAUGUGAUGUUAGUCCUUCCAUUUGCGAAAAGCCCGUCAUGACACAGAAUGAUCAAGGUCCGGCCAUCCUGUGGGGAUUGUGGAUAACCACUAUUGUUCCGUGUGCCAUUAUCGCUCUGCGUCUGCAUGGCAAAAAUGUCCUUCGAAAAAGAUUCGGCUGGGAUGAUAUCAUAGUGUCAUGGUCGUGGGUCCUACUAUUAAUAUACACAACCCUGAUCACCGCAGCAGUCAAGAAUGGUCUCGGAAAACACGUCCAAGAUAUAACCAGCAUCACCGACCUCACAACGGCUCUGAAACUUACAUACAUUGGCGAAUUCCUCGCCAUUAUCGCCUGCGUGCUCAGCAAGACUUCAUUCGCCCUGAGUCUGCUGCGCGUAGUAGUCGACAGAUGGCAGGUCGUGCUCUUAUCGUUAAUAAUCUUCUCAAUGAACAGCUUGAUGUGGCUCACGGCAAUCUUGACUCUGGCGCAAUGUCAACCCUCUGCGAAACUGUGGGAUUUUCAAAUCAAAGCAAAGUGUUGGGAUCCGAGUAUCGUCACCAACUUCGCUAUUGUAUCUGGAGCAUAUUCGGGUGUCAUGGAUCUCGUACUCGCUUUACAGCCGUGGUUUAUUGUAUGGAAACUUCCGAUGACUGUCAAAGAGAAAAUCGGCGUCGCACUCGCCAUGAGUCUCGGUGUCUUUGCAUUUAUACUCGCCAUGGUCAAGACAUCUUUUCUGCAUAACGCAUCCAACCAUGAAGACUAUACCUACUACUCCAGCUCAAUCCUCAUAUGGACCGCAGCAGAAACGGGCGCAACGAUCAUAGCUGCCUCCAUCCCAUCUCUUCGAGGCCUAGUCGUCCAGAUCUGCACGUCUCUCAACAACAGCGGUAGAGGCCUAGAAUUAUCACACGGUUACUGGUUCUCUGGUCUAAUGCGGAAUCGAAAUAACAAGGGCGUCGUGGAUUCAGAUAGGUCUCCGAGGAAUGCGACUCCUCUCUUUAAUGCGCGCGUGGAUGGAAGCGAUGUCAGUAUUCCCGGGCAAGUUGCGGCGCCGAGGGCUACGAGGAUAUAUCAUACUACAUAUGAGCAGAACAGAUCGGAUGAUUCGGGAUUUCCACAAGAGGGAAUGAGCGAGAGUGGAGUUUUUGUAUAGUUGGCAGAGGGAAAGAGCAGGAACGAAUAACGGUUAUGGGUUAUGAUCGUAAUGAGGGAUGAGGGAUGAGGGUUUCUGCCGGGGAAUUGGAAGCAUUUAAAGAUACCAUGUUAGUUUUGUGGAACGGAUUGUACGGUGGG